AUCGGUUAACAUAGCACAGUCGAUUAAUCGUAAUCGGUACUUUACCGGACUAGUUUGUUGUUUUUGUCUUACGUCUUUUUGGAGCUCCCACUAUUUUUAAUACUUUUUUAUUUAAUGUCUUCAAGGUACAAAACCAAUAAUGGAUAUUAACAGUGAUCAACUGACUGUGGCAAUACGCCGUAAUGACUAUACCGAAGUUGCAAAUUUGUUAGACAAAGGCCUAGAUGUAAAUGGUGUAAAUUCCGAGGGAUAUAGACCUUUGCACGAAGCUGUAAAAGGCGAAUAUUUAGAUAUAGUGGAAUUGUUAUUAAAAAGAUCAGCCAACGUGAACUUGUUUACUACACGGUUCAUGAUUACGCCUCUACAUCUAGCAGUCAUAUGGGGUCAUCUUGAAGUGGUAAAAUUAUUGAUCACAUAUGGUGCAUCGUUAGAAACGAAAUGCGAUAUUGGUUUACCACCAGAGAUCAGGUCAGGAAUAAGUUAUACUUAUUAUGAUCGUAGCUGCAUCAGUGAUAUUCUCAAAUGUGAGCGGUUUUACGUUGAUGGUCAGGGUAACUUUACAACACCUCUAACAUUAGCCGCGGAUUGUGACAACAUAGAAGUUGUGAAGUUAUUAAUCGAAUACGGAGCUGAUGUGAACAACACCAAUAGUGAUGGCUGUACUGUUUUACAUACAUUUUCCGGAUAUGGUGAUGAAGAAAUAGUUAGCCUCUUGCUUCAAAAAGAGUCAAACCUCGAGGCUAGAAUUAAUUUAUGUGGUAGUACUCCCUUACAUUUAGCCACGCGUAAUAUUGAAAAUAAUGUUAUUGAUCUUUUAGUGCAUGCAGGAGCUGAUGUAACGGCAAAAGACAAAAAUGGCCAAACACCAUUGGAUAUUGCUUGUGACAUUAUUAUCAAUAUGGAUGAUUGUAUAUUUCCAUUGGACAGUCCCUUUUCUUUUUAUUACACAAAAAUAUUUGAUUAUAAAGCGGAACUUUUAAUAAAAUUUAUGUUGUUGGUUAGUAAGGAUAUAGAAAUGCCAAACAUCGAAUACACGGCACAUGAAUUCUGUCAUGAACUUAAAAGAAAAUAUCAAGAAAAUAUCGAACAAAUGGAAGCCUGUCUUAUAGAAAAUACCACAGUUUCUGUAUAUACCUUUCUGCAGGCAUUAUAUUAUAACAAAAAGAAACUACUAACGUUCCUAUACAACCAACAACUACGUCAAGAAGUGAAACAUAUUGAUAAAUAUAUUAGUAAAUAUGAGAAGUAUUCAAGCAUUGCACCAAUGGUCAUGAAGAAAGUUCAAGAGAGUGUAACAAGAUUGGAUUUGUUGGAAGCGGCCGAUAUUGCAAUGGAAAUGAUUGCCCCUAACCUAGUAUUGGAUUGUCGACGAAUAAUUUUAAAUUAUUUAAGUAAUUAUGAUCUUUACAGUCUCACAGAAUCUGUAAAAUGUCUUUGAUGUCUUGCUUUUCUUUUAGUUUGGUUUUCUUUUAAAAAAUCAUUAACAUUUUGUAUACACAUUUUUUAAAUAUAAAGUUUUCUAAAUUGAAUCGGUUGUUUCAGAAUCCCAUGAUGUCCAAAAAAUCGAUUUUCGUUUUUUUUUGUAUUUUUACUACCCUUAGACACAGAGUCAUAUAUUUCAAGAAAAACCCGAUCCAAUUUAACAUUCUAAAUGAACCUAAAUAGUGGAGAAAAUUUUUCUGUAUCAAUAGAAACACAGCAACCCCGAAAUGUUUUUAUGCUUUUCCACAACUUGUUUGCUUUUCCACAAGCUUUUUUGAACAUGUCGGUUUAUGAAAUGACUGAUUCAAUUGAUGGUGUGAGGCUUACCUUACUGACCCCAAACUAAAUAAAAAUACAGAUACGGAAAAAAUUUAUGGUAGGUAUUGCAACAUUAGCGAGAUAUAUAUAGCUGAAAGAAUAUUAUAUCUUAUAGAAUAGGUAUAGCUUAAAGACGAAAUACAGGAACCGCUUGGCAAAAGACACUUAGGGGAGAGUUGGAUAAAACGGGAUAGUCGGAUAAAACGGGAUACCUAGCCUAGAGACCCAACUAGUGGUGCUAUCAAUCGAACAACGACAAAAACUUGUUAUCAGUCGUCAUUUUAACAUUCUCAGUUCGUUUUACCUCGAUGCCACUAUUUGAUGAAAAGUUGUUGUGUUUAGAAUUGUUUGACUCUAUUUUUUUGAUACUUUGUACUUUUAAGUGCGUUGUUUUCUACAUUAUACUGCCUACAUAUAUAAAAAUAUAAUUCCGGUGACUAUUACAUUUAAUUAAGCAGUCAUUAACGAAUGUUCUCAUGUGUAGUCUACCUAAUUUUACCUUCACAUUUAGGCAGCAGCCAUUUUUGUUUUGAAAAAUGUCUGAGUUUGACAAAACGGGACACUAUAAAUUGGAUAAAAUGGGAUACAGUUUCAUAUGUCCCGUUUUAUCUACCUAUUUAUUUGUUGGCCUAUUAAUUUUUUAAAUAGAGAUAUGAAGCGUUUUCUCAUACCGCAGAGAAGAACAACAUAUUUUUAUGUGACUUUUGUUCUGAUAUACGUACCUAGUCCUAAAUAAUAAUCUUAUAAAAGGCCUUAUUUCCCAUUUUGCCAUAAAACAUAAAAAAACCGCCUAUUUUUAAGUUUCUGACUACUGAAGAUAUUAUUCUUUCAAGAGUAAAUUUUACUAUACAGUUUAAUGUCUACUUAAUUUGGGCAUAAAUUAAGUUUUAGAUAAUUUUAUACAAAAAAUUAAAUAUUAUAAACCUAUCCCGUUUUAUCCAACUGUGGUUGGGUAAAACGGGAUGUGUAGGACUUUAAUAAAUAUUUUUUUUACUAUUUUCCAGUUAUUAAAAAUAGCUAAAGAUAUAUGUGUUUUGUGUGCUGCAAUAAAUGUUAUACCUAUAAAAAAUAAUAUUAUGAUAAUUUCUAACAUAUUUUCCGUAGUAAAAGUAAACAAGAAUGGUAUCCCGUUUUGUCCAACUCUCCCCUAUAUGUGUCCAUCCCAAUCAGUUUAUCUUCAAAAUAGUUGUGUAAAUUUUACACCUUCAGAAAUAAUGGUUACAACUGUUAUACAAUCAAGAAGCUGAUGAUGACACUAAGUUGAGUUCACAUUAACUGAAUAGCAAAUAUUUUUUUACUUAAGUUUUUUUCUUUUAAAUAAUUAGUUUGUUUAUUUGCCGUUGUUUCUUUCUUUUGGAAAAAAUUAAAUACAUUACUUUUUCUACUGCGUUAUAAAUAUAAUUGUUACUUUCUUGUUCAAUAGAAUAUAAUACCUACAUUUAUAUCUACAUUUAUACCUACAUUUAAUACCUACAUUUAUAUCUAAUACCUACGUUUAUCUAAUUUUAAAUAUAUUACGUUAAGUCAACCUCCUUUCAUUGUAUAUUCGUUUUAUAUCAAUAAAGUAUUUUGUAUAC